CAACCACUGAGAAGAGAAACAUCAAACUCAAAAACAGGGAUGCCAAGGAAAAGCUGCGAAAAAUCCUUUUAAACGAAGGAAUUUAAUUUUAAUUGCCCCAAAAAUGACGGCACUCGUUAUUAUUUUGUGUGAUUAGAUGUGUGUUUUUGUUCCGGAUGGUGAACUGUUAGAAAAUAAUGUCGAAUAGGGUGCGUGUUGUGUUGUAAUUAGAUUAAGGCUGCUGCUCCGUAAAGCAAAAAUAAGCUCCUGCCGCUGGAAUUACCUGGUCCCCAGAAAAACAUCCAAACUGAGGCGGAAAUCCGACCAUCCUAUGAGCAUGAAUAAGAUUCUACUGGUGUUGAUCAUUGCCAGCGGCUUCCUGCUGAUAAUCUACGCCAACAGCAGCAUCUUCAACCGGCGGAACAUCCUGAUGAUAUUCCAGAAAACGGAUGGCUUCGGGAGCAGUGACCAUCCGUUAGUUUUAGAUAACGGCGUUGGCGGAGGAACGGCAGCAAGGGUGGCCCAUUUGGUAGGCGGAGGCAGCUCGAACCGUUUCGGCGAACUAAAAAGGGUGAAAUACGUCCCCAAAGAGAACAAUGCCACCGAGUAUAACAUCUUCGUAAUCUACACGAAGGAAAGCCAGAACUCCAAUCUGAGGACAAGUUUUGAACUGUUCCUGAAGAGUUUGCUCAAAUACACGACCAUUCCGAUCCAUCUGCACGUGAUAACGGACGAGCAGAGCGAAACUUCCGCGGAGGAACUGAUCCGGGAGCAGAUUGCCCAUUACCGGAAGGUGGUCUUCUACACGCUGUACGAUGUGAAGGACUGCGCGGAGAAGACGAGCGAUAUCGUGAAAAAUAUGCUGCCGCUGUUCAACUAUAAGACGGGAAGCUACUACAGCGAUGCUCUGUUCUUGAUUUCACUCGGGCUGCACCGGAUCGUUGAUGUGAACAUGAAACGGGCGAUCAUCAUCGACUGCGAUGUGGUGUUCCGUUCGUCUGUAAAGGAACUAUUCGACGAAUUCAAUCGCUUCAGUUCGGAUCAUCUUUUCGGCCUGGCCCCGGAACUGACUCCUGUUUACCUGCACAUCCUGUUCAAAUAUCGAGCUCAAAAUCCGCACACGAUCUUCGGAACGCCGUACUUUUUGAACAAAACGGCCAUUGGAAACUCCGUGGGUGGUUUCUUCAGUCGAACGGCGAAGAAAACUAAACAUGGCUAUCCGGGACUGAACUCCGGGGUCGUCAUGCUCCGACUAGAUCGCAUCCGACAGUCUCGAUUGUACGAGGAGAUCAUCAAACAGGAGUCGGUCAAGAACAUGGUGGAGAAGUAUUCCUUCAAGGGUCACCUGGGCGAUCAGGACUUCUACACGUUGAUGGGAUUCGAGUUCCCGGGAUUGAUCUAUCGGUUGGACUGCGUGUGGAAUCGCCAGCUGUGCACAUGGUGGAAGGAGAACGGCUACGGUAAGGUAUUUGAUAGCUAUUUCCACUGUGAGGGGGCGAUAAAAUUGUACCACGGGAACUGCAAUACUCGCGUUCCGGAAUGAAUUGGGGAGCAAUGGGAAAGCUCGCAUUUACUCUUGCCAUAUCGCUGUAGGAAGUUUUUGUUGGUUUCUAAAUUUAUAAUCGCUCAUACCCAAUACUACACUAUCGUCCAUGACCCAAAUUUCAAAACGAGAAAUUUGGCAAUAUCUAUCACUUAGCCCUCUGAAAACGCUUCCAGAACUUUUAGAAUCUUAAUCAUAAUAACGCCACCUGUUUCGCUGCGUUCCUUUGGUUUCUUUUCUAAAAAAGCAAAAACAUUCCACUUUUGUGAUCUCAUUUUUUAAAAAUGAUCUAUUUUAGUUUUAACACGUACAUUCAUAUUAGCAUUAAGUGUACUAAUUUUAAAAGUGUAAGAAGCUAUAUUCUUAUUUCGAAACGCAAUGUAUCCACUUCAGCUUCCAAUUCUGUUGCAAUACCAUGUCGAAUCAAAUUCCAGAUUAGAAAUCUAUUGAUUUUGAGAAUAUCUAUUUUUAUUUCCUUUAUAAUUCUCGUUCUCGUACUUCGUUAAGUGUUACUUAUUUUGAAUGAUUUUAUUGUAGAGUUUAGUUUCGCCCUGCGAGACAGCAGAUAUACGUACCUAGGUGUUUAGUUUAGAAAUGGUUGCAAGCUCACGUUGAUGCGUAGUAGAAUUUUUGUUGUGUAAGUUGAAAGAUGCAAUGAUAAUAAACGGGAGUAGAAAACAAGUGAACGAACAGUUUUGUCUAUCCGCGCGUGUAGAACGGAAAUCCGGCAGCAGUGUUGGAUGGACUUUACACGGUUAGGCCCAAGCAACAAUAUAAUCGACUGCAAUUAGUUCUUAAUUUCAUACAGAGUAGUAGUGUUGAGAAACUAAAAAAAAACGCCGGUAACUAUAAUGUACCGACGCAAUUAUAUAUGCAGAAGGAAUUGAAUACAGUUUUCUUUUUUGAAACUAGGCCUAGAAA